AUGCCCAGCACAGCUCCAUCAACCCGCUUCCCGAAUCCCACUCCGACUCUUCCACCCAACGUCAACCUCACAUCUCCGCUUUUGACUUUCCAUCUUCAUCCUCAUUUCCAGCUUCACUCAAUCCCACUGCCACGUCUCACCUAUAUAAACAAAGUCGGCCUCGCAGCCUUUGACCGCUCCCGCCUCACCUCCGCACAAUACGCCACGCACGGCUCCGCCUUGCGCUCCUCGCAAGCCUCGGCUCUCGAGACCCAACUCUCCGUCUUCCGCUCCCUGUUACAGCAAUUCGCCGCCACGCACGCCAAAGACAUCAAGUCCAACCCUACUUUCCGGGCACAGUUUGCGCGCAUGUGCGCGGCUAUCGGGGUGGAUCCGCUUUUGGCUAGUAGUGGACAUGGCGACAGCAAGGGGAAAGGGGAUAGUAUGUGGGCGCAGUUGCUGGGGCGGACGGUGAAUGACUUUUAUUUUGAGCUGGCGGUGAGGGUGGUGGAGGUCUGUGGGGAGACGAGAGGGGAGAACGGAGGGCUGAUUGAGGUGGGGAUGGUGAGGGAGAGGGUGGUGAAGGGACGGGUAGAGGGGAUGGGGGCUGACACGAUUAACAGAGAUGAUAUUCUUCGCGCCGUAGGGACACUUAAGCCUCUUGGGUCGGCUUAUUCGGUUAUCAAGGUUGGGAGCAAGCAGUAUAUUCGCUCUGUGCCCAAGGAACUAAACACGGAUCAGAGCGCCGUGCUAGAAGCAGCCCAGGUGUUGGGAUACGUCAGCGUGUCAAUGUUGAUGGAUAACCUGCGAUGGACGAGAGCACGAGCGCAAACGGCGUUGGAGGAUCUUGUGGGCGAGGGUAUGCUUUGGGUUGACAAGCAGGGUAUUGAGUGGGAGUAUUGGAGUCCUGGGUUUAUGCUCGAAGGUGAUCUUCCAUUAGAAGGGUUUGACUGAGCGGCGACGGUGUGAAGACAACAUCGGCAUGAGAUUGGCCACAACGUCGCUAUGGGUUCUCCCGAUAGGCACGCACUGAGUUGCUGGUCCCAAGAUAGCAGUGUCUUCACGUGGAUCAGCGAUGACCGGGCACUGUCGCGCGCCGUGGUAAUUGGGAAAGCACCCAAGUUCACCGC